AUGUUACGUUCAAGUAUUGCAUUGAUUGCCAUCUUUGUAGCGUUAGCAGGUUAUACAAACCUCGUCAAAGCACAAAAGAAACCAACUUUUAACGUUACAAAUUUACCCGAUAAAUGGGAAAAAGAUCAAUACGGAUCAAACAAAUGUGAAAAAUGGAAGCCAUCAAGUAACGAAAGUUUAUGUCAAAACGUUUUCAUUAAUUCAGUUCAAGAUUUCUGUUUGUGGGGUCCACCAAAAGGUCAAGAAGAAAUUGGUGAUGAUGAAGCAAUCGUGGUUAGUUAUUGCACAAAGAGUGGUUAUGGUACCCGUUUGAUUCCCGAAGGUACACUCAAAGGAGCUCAUUUUAUCAAAACGAAAAAUUUCGUUCAAGUUACCGGUUAUGGUAAUUUCACUUCAAUUCACAUCAAAGCCAAAAAUCAGGGUGGUGAAUUAGAUCCUCACGGAGCUGAUGGCCGUGGUAAUCCACACGGUGGCUUAGUCUACACCCGUAACGCCAAAGGACAUGAAGGCAAAUGGCUUCAAAUUAAAGAAUGGUCAAACUUUAUGAGCGCGACCGAAUUCUCAAUUCGUGGUUGUUAUGGCCAAAAUGCGACUAGCUAUUGCCCCCAUACCUUAGAUACAAUGGGCAGUAGAUUCAAUCAUCCGGGCAAUUAUGAUAAAGGAUCCUUCAGUAAUUGCGAAGCUGAAUCAGGUGAAUUCCCAGCAAUCUUUAACGGCAAAGAAUUCCAUCAAGGUGAUAAACCAGUUCCAAAGCCUCACUUGCCAGGCAAGACCUUCAAUUGUCACAAAGUUGGUCCACCAAAGAAUAAUUUGGCCAAAAAAUUACCUUAUCGUCGUUCGGAACCCGUUCGCUUAGAUUUUGAUAAUCUCAUUUAGGCCACUUCAUCUUUUUCAUAAUGUCCAAUAUCUG